AUACUCAUGUGAAAGAUGGGUGUGUGAUCUACACAUAUAUAGGUUUGUACGGAUCACAUAUGUAAGAUGUCUAAUACAAAAUUUGAUAAAUUAUUUAAGAUAUGUAAUAUUUUUUAUCAAUUUAUGUAUUAAAAAGUCUAUGAAACAUGAAAAUCAAACUCAGAAAAUCCUUAAAAUGUUAAAUUUAUGAUAUAAAAUUAAGGUCGUAUGUGUGAGACAUAUUAUUAAUGAAUUUGUACUUUUAAUUUUUAACUUCUAAAUCAUUUUUAAUUUUUUAUGUUUGAAUUCAAAAACUGCUCUUAUUUAUAAUAUUUUUUUCAUCUUAAUACCAAUAUAUAUACUCACAUUUCAAGAAUUUAAUGGAGCCAACAAGAGCCCUUCCCCUUUCUCUCUCUCCCCCUCCCUCUCUCUCUCUCUCUCUCUCACACACACACACACAUUCAUGGCUGCUCGAAAACUCUAUGGUGCCAUUGAUUCUACCUCCACAAUGAGAGCACUGGUUUCGCUUUUCGAUCAUGAGCUCGAGUUCGAGUUCGUACCAGUGGAUCUCAAGGCCGGAGACCUCAAAAAAGAGCCUUUUCUCUCUCUCAGCCCAUUUGGUCAGGAUCCGAUUUUUGAAGAUGGAGAUAUGAUACUAUUUGAGUCAAGGGCGAUCAUGAGGUGCAUAUCACACUUGUACCCAAAGCCAGGGAAAGAACAAGUCCACAUGGAGCCAAAGAUGCGAGGAAUAGCAGCGGCUUGGAUUGAUGUGGAGGAUCAUCAGUUCCACCCACCGGCUUCCAAGCUGAUCUCCGAGCUGGUCUGCAAGGCGAAGAAUGGCCAGCCAGCAAACGAAGCUGUGGUGGCCGAAGAGGAAGCCAAGCUGGCUAGAGUUUUGGAUGUGUACGAAGAGAGGCUUAUCGAUUCCAAGUUCUUGGGAGGUGACAAAUUUACUUCGGCUGAUCUGACUCACCUUCCUUAUUUGUACCACCUAAUGCGGACCCCAGUGAAGCGGUUUUUUGAGGAGAGGAGGCGCGUGAGUGACUGGUGUGCCGGAAUGUUGGCGCGGCCAGCUUGGACAAAGGUGGCGGAGAUGGUUGAGGAAGCUGGUCGGAAAGUUUAAAAAUAUUUUAAUCUGGAAUUGCAGGAUUUGCUUCCUAUUUUCUAUUGAAUGAAAAAAUAAUUUUAAGAA